GCACUAAUUAUAAAUAAGUAUAGGCCUUCCAGAUAGGCGAAGGAUCAUACAUAUUUAACCAGAAGACGUAGCCGGCUGUUCGAGGAACAUGUGCGUACUCCCACGGAAACGGACUCCCAUUGGUCCGUAUGACUUUGAAAUUGGAACACGUCAGUGCAAAACUUGGAACAUGACAGUGAAAUAAAAAAUCGAUCACUUGACCCAAAAGUCCUCGAUACAUAACACGUAUUUCUAGACGCUAAUUUAAUAUUAAUUUUAUAAUAAAUAAAUAAAUUAAUUUAUUACUGUAGACGUUUCAAAUAUUCACAAGUUUACAAUGAAGAAAAUAAAAUGGCUAUAAACUUUAUAUAAUUAUUCACCAAACAUUCAAACAUUCAGAAGUACCUAAAUACAAAUUGCGUAGUUAAGACUCAAAAAAUCUACCAAGAUGAUGACCAAAGUGAAGACGCAGGGCCUUGUGUCCGACUUAAUGCCAAAUAUUAAGCUGAUGCAAGCAGUAGGACAUUUCUUGUUUAACUAUCAUUCAGAAAAUGCAGGAAUGUCCGUUCUGCUCCGCAAGGUUUACUCCAGCGUCCAUGCCAUCUUGAUAGUGGCCCACUACCUCUGCAUGGGUGUCAACAUGGCCAAGUACUCUGAAGAAGUCAACGAAUUGACAGCUAACACCAUCACAGUACUGUUCUUCGCCCACUCAAUUAUCAAAUUGGUCUUCUUUGCUAUCACAUCGAAGAAUUUUUACAGGACUCUAGCAGUGUGGAACCAGUCGAACAGCCACCCGCUGUUCACCGAGUCUGAUGCGAGAUACCACCAGCUCGCCCUCACCAAGAUGCGAAGGUUGCUGUACUUCAUUUGCGGGACAACCAUUUUUUCUGUCACUGCCUGGGUCACGAUCACAUUCUUCGGUGAAUCUGUCCGCUUCCUGGUAGACAAGGAGACGAAUGAAACCCUCACGGAAGAGGUGCCGAGAUUACCAUUAAAAGCAUGGUAUCCAUUUAACGCUAUGAGUGGAACUAUGUACAUUGCUGCUUUUGCUUUUCAGAUCUACUGGCUCCUCUUCUCGAUGGGCAUCGCAAAUCUGCUGGACGUGAUGUUCUGCUCCUGGCUGAUCUUUGCCUGCGAACAGCUGCAACACCUGAAGGCCAUCAUGAAACCGCUGAUGGAGCUCAGCGCUUCGCUGGACACAUAUAGACCUAACACUGCUGAGCUGUUCAAAGUGAACACUAAUGAAAAAUCACCAGUCACCGAAAAGAUACCAGAUCCAAUUGACAUGGACAUCAGGGGCAUAUAUUCAACUCAGCAAGAUUUCGGUAUGACGUUACGAGGUGCUGGCGGCAGGCUACAGACUUUUGGGCAGAAUCCUAACAACCCAAAUGGAUUAACUCAGAAGCAAGAGAUGUUAGCGCGGUCCGCUAUUAAGUAUUGGGUUGAAAGGCACAAACAUAUUGUGAGAUUAGUGUCUUCUAUAGGAGACACCUAUGGAACUGCUCUAUUGUUUCAUAUGCUGGUAUCUACUAUCACCUUAACAUUGCUGGCUUAUCAAGCUACUAAGAUCAAUGGAUUGAACGUGUAUGCUUUCACUACGAUUGGUUAUCUGAGCUACACACUGGGGCAAGUGUUUCACUUCUGCAUCUUUGGAAACAGGCUUAUUGAAGAGAGCUCAUCAGUGAUGGAAGCGGCGUACUCCUGCCAGUGGUACGACGGCUCUGAGGAGGCGAAGACCUUCGUGCAGAUCGUCUGCCAGCAAUGCCAGAAAGCCAUGAGCAUUUCCGGCGCCAAGUUCUUUACUGUCUCUCUGGAUUUAUUCGCAUCCGUACUUGGUGCAGUUGUGACAUAUUUCAUGGUGUUGGUGCAACUGAAAUAAUUUUACAGUAGAUUCUUAAACAGUAUAAAAGCAUAUUGUGUGAUCGUACUUACUUCGUAU